GAGAGAGAGAGAGAGAGAGAGAAGUCAGCUGAGAGGGAGGAGUAAAGAAGAAGAAGAGGAAGGAGAAGAGAGAUCAGCCGGUUGCGAGGUGCUAACAAUCUCUCUAUCUCCAUUUCUCUAUCUCCCCCAGUAGGCCGUGUGCUCCAAAAUGGCUUCCCUGACCAGAGGCAUCUUCAUUGUGGGGGCCAAACGCACGCCCUUUGGCACGUUUGGCGGCGCAUUGGCCAAACACACGCCCACCGACCUGCAGGAAGUGGCCGCCAAGGCUGCCCUCGCCUCCGCCAAAGUCAACCCGGAAAAUGUGGACUCGGUGGUCGUUGGUAACGUGAUUGGGUGCGCCAACACGGACACCAUCUAUAUCGCCCGCCACGUUGGACUGCGGUGUGGGGUGCCCAUCGCCGCGCCCGCCCUCGCGGUCAACAGGCUGUGUGGUUCGGGCUUCCAGGCUGUGGUGAAUGGAGCGCAUGACAUCUUGAUGGGGGACAGCUCGGUGGUACUGACUGGGGGUGUGGACAGCAUGAGCAUGGCACCCUACGCUGUCAGGAACAUUCGCUUUGGCACUCGGCUUGGUUCGGACCUAUCCAUGGAGGACACACUCUGGGCCUCCCUGACGGACCAGCACUGCAAGACUCCGAUGGGGGUGACCGCUGAGAACCUGGCCGCCAAGUACAACAUCACAAGGCAGGACGCAGACGCCUUCGCCCUCGCUAGCCAACAGAACUGGGCUACCGCCCAGAAUGAAGGCCAUUUCGCCGCUGAGAUGGCCCCCAUCACCAUCAAGACCAAGAAGGGCCCGGCGGAGAUGACCAUGGACGAGCACCCCAAGCCCAAGACCACUGCCGAGGGCCUGGCCAAGCUGCCGCCCGUCUUCAAGAAGGACGGCACUGUCACUGCCGGCACUGCCUCGGGCAUCUGUGACGGGGCCGGGGCCGUGGUGCUGGCCAGUGAGGGGGCGUGCGGGGAGCUUGGCCUGGCCCCGCUGGCUCGCCUGGUGGGCUAUGCCGUGGCUGGGGUGGACCCAACCAUCAUGGGCAUUGGUCCAGCGCCGGCCAUCAGGAAGCUGCUCAAGGUGUCCGGGAUGGAGCUGAAGGACAUUGGACUGGUGGAGAUCAACGAGGCCUUCGCACCCCAGACCAUUGCAUGCCAGAGGGAGCUGGACCUGGACCCUUCACUGCUCAACACAUGCGGCGGGGCCAUAGCGCUGGGCCACCCGCUGGGGGCCUCGGGGGCACGCAUCACCUCACACCUGGUACAUGAACUCAGGCGUCGUGGUGUGAAGUAUGGCAUCGGGUCAGCCUGCAUCGGGGGCGGGCAGGGUAUCGCACUGCUGCUGGAGGCUGUGUAGGGCUGCCAGCUGAGCCCCCCCCCCCACCACCACCACCCCGUCAUGUCAAUCCUUGCCCUCAGUGCCUGGAACACCACAGAAAGUAAUCACCAUCAUCUCCCACCACCACCACCAACAACAAUAGUGUGAAGGCUGAAACAAGUUGGAUGAAGAGAGGUGAAGAGGAAGUGAGGAAAAAAAGAUGUGAAGGAGGGGGAGGAAGGGAGGGUGGAGGAGGAAGGGUUUGAAGAAGGGAAGGAGGAGGAGGGAGUGGAAAAAGGGGUACAUAGAGAGAGGGUGUAAAAAGAGGGGAAUGAGAGGGAAGGGGAAAUGAGUUGGCAGAGGGCAACUAAUAUCAUUGUUUUAAUAAUGGUUAGUAUACAUAGAUAAUAUUUAACCCAAUGAAUGACAUGAAGUAUUUUGCCAGUAUCUUUAUAACUAAAGCCAAGCAGUUGUGUCAUUGCUACAACAAGGUUUAUACUGUACUCUUGAGAGGCGGUGAGGCGGCUCAUUGACCUGUGUGGUGUGUCGCAUGGCUGUGAGUUUGGCCCAUAUUCUCAGACCCUUUCGGCUCUCGCAACAAAUAUUUCCAAGGGCCACGAAGGAGAAUAGUCAAGUUCUCAUGAGUGUUUUUCACAUUUACGGUGCAGAAGCCUUGUCAAGCUUUCACUAGGCUCAUAGAACUACCCUUGGAAAUACCCACAGCCUCUAAACAAAGCCUUACUGAAUGUGGGUGAGUAAGCCUCGAAUGUCUGGGAAUAUGAGCGAGACAGACAGACACAAUAGAGAGAGAUGUAAAACUGAUUACUGUUGUUUUAAGUCUAAGGCUCUUGUUUCAUCAUCUCUCGUUUUACUAGCAGCCUUCUACCUUUUAAAUUCCUGCCUCAAUGUUGUAUCUCUUUCUAUCUUCCAUAUAUAUUUGUAGCACCCAUAUAUAUUUUCAUGCUAACUCCUCUAAACUUACUAACUGCAUGCCUCCUCCCUUCCCAUAUUCCCACUGCACAUGACUCCACUCUUGCUCAUUCCUGUUCUAUCCAAAUUUCCUAUGCAAGAGUUGGCUGGCAUCUUCAUUCUUUUAUCCCUUCUGCCCCUAGCUCUCCAUCUCAUUCCCAUCCCCUCCUCCUCCCCUUCCUGCCCAAAUCAAGAGUUCAAUAAAACAAUGCACAUAUAAUGCAAUUUUGUAUCAUGAUAUAGUACUGUAGUGAGCUUUUUGGAGCCAAUAAAUCAUAUAUUUGACAUA